UAAACUUUCCGGUAGAUGGUCGCUACAGCGGCCGAUAGUGGAUUGAUCGUGCCGACGCGCAGGAAGGUUCUUUCCGUAACGCUGCUUACGCGCAUUGUUUUAUUGCAAAAGGUAAAACUGAAGUUUGUGCACGCCUUGUCUCUAAGGCAUCAUGGAUGGGAUAUUUGGAAGCGAUGAUUCGAGAGAAGCUUCGAGCGCAGGCUCCAGGAGUGCCUCACCAGCCUCCAGUGAGGGAUCGCAGACUCCUGCACAACAGUCGGAGGACGGUGAACAAAGCCAGCAUUCCGACGCCGAAGAGCGCUCGGAGAAAAGCUACCACUCGUCACCGCCGAGGAGCCCCGCGUCCGGUGACGAGUCAGGCUACGAAGACAAGGGUGAAGAAGCUUCGGGGGACGAGCGUCGGGAGUCGGGGGACGAGCGCCAUGAGUCGGGCGACGAAGGCUCGGAUGAAUCCCGUCAUGUGGACGACCAGUCCGGUGACGAAGAAGCGCCGGCGAGAACGCCUGCGCGAUCGGAGCGCCGGAGCGAUGCCUCCGACAACGAGGGCUCCGGCAGCGAGGUACACCGCUCCGACGAAGAGGACCACCGCUCCGAUGAGGAGGAACACCACUCUGACGAAGAAAAUCGCCGCACCGAUGACGAGGACCGUCGGUCCGACGAUGAAGAGCGCCGUUCAGAGGUGGCUGCAGAGCGGUCGGAAGCCUCCGGAGACGAAGGCAGCGCGAACGAAGCAAGCGGCAACGAAGCGAGCGCUAACGAGGGGGAAGCCAGCGCGAACGAGGCGAGCGGAGAUGAGGCCAGCCGGGGUGAGGCAAGCGGGGAUGAGGCCAGCCGGGGUGAGGCAAGCGGGGAUGAGGCCAGCCGGGGUGAGGCAAGCGGCGAUGAAGCCAGCAGAGCCGAGGCAAGCGGGGAUGAGGCCAGUAGGGCCGAGGGAAGUGGGGAUGAGGCCAGCAGGGGCGAGGCAAGCGGCGAUGAGGGUUCGGUGCACUCCAAUGAAGGUGAAGCACGGGCGGCGGCAGGUUCUGACUCCGAUGCUGAGAGCACCAUAGGACGCAAGCGCCAGCGUUCAGGUGACAGUGAAGCUGCUUCUGCUGCCUCUGCUGGAGAAGGUUCUGACGAUGAAGCAGUACCAGGCCGAAAGAGGGCACGGAUCUCGAGCACCGAAGAGAAGGCCGAAGAAGCCGAGGUGGAGGCCCUUUUCGGUGAAGACUUGGAUGAUUUGAGCUCGGAUGAAGAGGGCGCUGCCAAAAAGAAAGGUGGCGAGACACCAGUCAAGCGCAUGGGCAGUGAUGAGGAAGAGCAGCCCGAGGAGAAGCGAGCUGAACCUGAGGGGGGUGGUGAGGAAGAGGAGGUACCAGUGCCAGAGACGCGUAUCGAUGUGGAAAUCCCGCGCAUUUCGACCAACCUCGGAAGUGAGGUCCACUUCGUCAAGCUGCCAAAUUUCCUCAGUGUUGACACCAGGCCCUAUGAUCCUCAGUGGUACGAGGAUGAAGUGGAUGAAGAUGAAGUGCUUGAUGAAGAAGGUAGAGCACGACUCAAACUAAAGGUUGAAAACACAGUCCGGUGGCGCUAUGUCUAUGACAAGAUGGGUAAUCCAGUGCGGCAGAGCAAUGCCCGCAUAAUCAAGUGGUCCGACGGGAGCAUGUCGCUACACCUGGGCUCGGAAAUCUUUGACGUGCACAAGCAGUUACUGAUGCAAGGUGACCACAACCACUUGUUCAUCCGGCAAGGCACCGGUCUACAGGGACAGGCUGUCUUCCGCACAAAGCUCAGUUUCAGGCCCCACUCAACAGACAGCUUCACCCAUCGCAAGAUGACCCUGUCGCUCGCUGGUCGCAGCCAAAAGACUCAGAAGAUUCGAGUGCUACCCCAAGUUGGGCAGGACCCAGAGGCACACCGCAGUGAAAUGAUAAAGAAAGAGGAAGAUAAGCUGCGGGCAUCCAUCCGACGAGAAAGCAAGCAGCGGCGGCUACGCGAGAAGUCCCAUUCACGUGGCCUCAGCUCGGCGUAUCUGGAGGCUGACGAGGAUGAUGCAGCCAUUUCCCUGUCGGCCAUCAAGAACAAAUACCGGCGGGGAGGGGCUGCCGUUAAGGAGCGCCCUUCCAUUUACUCUUCUGAUGAUGAUGCAUCCGAUCUGGAAGAACAGCGCGCUCGACGAUUAGAGAAGGCAAAGGCGGGACCAGAUAAUGACGACGACGACAGCGAUUUAGACUACUUUGACAAGAAGGCAGAGAGCAAGAAAACAAAGAAGGCCAUUGAAGAGAGUGACGAGGAUGACUAGGCACCCUCACCUCACUUGUUUCAUACUGUACAUACUCGUUUUCGUAGAUAAACACAUUUUUUUAUUCACUUCUUGCA